AUGUUGUCAUCGAUGGUGAAAGAACAUCAGGCCAAGCAGAUGGUAAAGAAAGAGAUACAGGAGAUCAGAAGGAAGGAAUCUUGUGCUGCUGCCAAUGAUCUAACACAAGCUUUAGUGGAUCACCUUAACGUAGGAGUUGCACAGGCUUACCUCAACCAAAAAAAGUUGGAUGCUGAAGCCAAACAGUUACAUGCAAGUGCUACGAAUUUUUCCAAACAAACACAACAGUGGCUGAAUUUGGUGGAAUCAUUUAGUGGGGCUUUGAAAGAAAUAGGUGAUGUUGAAAAUUGGGCAAAAACUAUUGAAGGAGAUGUUCGCACUAUCACAACAGCUCUAGAAAUAGUAUAUAAGAACUCACAAGAGCAUGACUAG